GCAAGAUUUGCACUCUCUUUUCCCACUUUUUUGAAAUAACAUUCAACCCGUUCACAACAGCUUUAUCAGUGGAUAUAGCCUGCUGUUUCCAUAAAUGGAAAAUAUGUGCUGAUUCACAGUAGAUGAAAUGAAUGUCGCGCAGGAUGAAUCAUCUCAAGCAUGUCUGUGUUUACUUUGCGGGCUGCCAGCUGCUGGAAAGACAACACUAGUUCUGGAGUUGUCAAAGUAUACAACGCUGAGAGGAUGGAAGACACUCCCAUUAACAUACGACGAAUUGAUACCACAGGACGCCUUUGGCGAAGUGUCUACGGAUUGUGCCAGUCAUCCGCUUCAGACGCAAACCAAAUGGAAGCAAUAUAGGCAAGACAUCCUCUAUGGACUGGGACAGUUUCUACAGGAUCCUUCACAAGAGCCUGCUGCCCAUGGAGGAAUUCGGUCUACAGUCCUUUCUCACCUCUCCAUGGCACUGAGGAGCCAGGCAGAAUCACCAUCUCCUUCCCAGAAUAAACUUCUCUUUCUCCUCGACGACAAUUUCUACUAUCAGAGCAUGAGAUAUGAAGUCUUCCAACUAGCAAGACAAUAUGCUGUUGGGUUUUGCCAAGUGUAUCUUCAGUGUACUCCAGAGCUUUGUGUCAGUAGGAAUAGCAGUCGUGCUGUUCCGUUGCCUGAACUAGUUAUCCUGGACAUGCUGAAGCGAAUUGAACCACCCAACCCUGAGAAGAACUCAUGGGAACAGAACAGUCUAACGCUCUCCAGCAGUGAAAAGCUUGGCAACCAUGACAUGCAGAGUCUUACCAACUUGAUUUCUUAUGCAUUCGACAACCCUGUGAGUCCAAUCAUCGAUGAUACGGAAAAGAGGGAGAUGGACCGGGAGAGCUGUGCUAACAGUGUAUUGCACCAAGCCGAUCAGACCUGCCGACGCUUAGUCUCCCAAGCUAUGCGUACAGCAAAAGAAAAGAAUACAUCACCUGAAAAUCUACAGUCUCUGGCUAAACAAUUGAACAAGUUGAAAAUGCAAGUCCUUCAAGAGCUGCGAAACCAUAUUCAUCAAGUCCUCUCCAUCAACCCGGAUGAGGCUAUAGAUGUGAAGAGAGCUGUGAAUCAUACUGUGGACAUAUUCAAAAAACAACUGGACACAAUCUUUGAGUGCUCAUUAGCAGUUAAAGAUUAAUACAUGAUCCUGUUCAAACAUGUCUUUCCCAAAAGAGUACUUUUUUCGGGGGGAAGACAUGUUGGAAUAGGAUCAUGUAUAAAAAGGAAAAUGACCAACAAUGCAUACAUAUGGAGCAUGUAAGAUAGUAUUAAGUCUUGAAAAUGUGUUGAUUAAAUGUAAUGUUAAUUAAUGUAAAUCUAAAUGCAUACAGCAGCAAAUAAAAAUGAUCUAUUUCCCAUUUAUGUAUAAUAUAUAUUUUUUCAAAUGAUUUUCUUUGUUGCACUGUAGUAAUGUUAUUUAUUUAUUCUGCUUAUUUUUAUAUCCUUUUAAAUAUGUUUUCCAUCCGUUAACACAUUUUACAGUGCAUUUCAACAUUUUUUUUCUGUGAAACUACAACAAAACAUUGUUCUGCUUAAAUGUCACAAAGAAUUAUGUGUUUAUUUUUAGUGAGUUGUAGAAGUGCUUAGAAAUAUGGAUAAAUGACUGUUCAAGUAUAAUUUUAUAGCAGCAGAAAACUGGUUUAUAUUUGUAUUAAAAUGUACCUUGAACCAAUGAAAAGGGAAAAUGUUAGAUUACAGUUUUGGAAGAGUUUAAAAGAAGUUGAGCCCAAGAUGGCCCACAAUGCUUGAUAUGUUAAUGCAUAAUAAAUAACUCAAUGUCUUAUGAAUAUCUUACCAAAAUUCUUC